GGUUUGGAGUUGGGGGUUUGUUGGUCAUUUCAAUAUUUAACUUGUGGUUGGAAGUUUACAAUGGAUUUUUUUUAUUUUUUUUAUGAAAAAGGGACAUGUCACUUUGUCACUUAAGUAUAGCUUAUAAGAAAAUUGAUCCGACUUGAAUUAAAUUGAUAGAAUACUUAUUGUCUUAAUUUACGUCUACAAACCCAUAUAACACUAUUUUCUCUACUCAUAUAACUUUACAUAGUUAAUUUUUCGAGUGGAAAAGUACAAAGGAACAAGCAAAUCAAUAAUUAUGAAAAUGAGUUGCGAUGAAAAAUUUGUCAUUUUUUAUUACUGUAUCGUCUGUAUAUGAGGUAGGAAAUAGAGUUGAAAAACUUUGUGAGAGAUGUAAAACGGAAAUUGAACAAUAUGUGUACAAAUGCGAAUCAUGUGGCGUGUGGCACAACUAAGGCCAACCAAGACACCUAGUAAAAAUACUUAAAAGUUAAAACCAAUAAGUCAGAUUUUCCAGAUUUCAGAUUAGCCAAUUAGGUAGCACAAGAUAAGGAAAUGCUGCUUUCAGGAAAUAGCUUCUUGUGCACCCAUAUUUCCCACCACUCCCUCAGAAAAAAAGGAAAGAGAUUUCCCAUAACAUUUGCAAAAAAGCCAGAUUUUCCAGAAAACGAGCAGAACCCCAAUUUCAAAUUCAAGAUCUCUAGCAAAUUAUUGACUCAAUCUGCCAUUGGAAUUCUGGGAUUAGGAUUUGUUGAUGCAGGAUAUAGUGGAGAUUGGUCAAGAAUUGGAGUGAUUUCUACAGAAACGGAGGAUUUGCUGAAGAUUGCAGCUUUUUUAGUGGUUCCUCUCUGUUUGUUUGUUAUAUUAUCUGUUGCUAAAAACCCAGAAAAUUAACAUCUUUAAUAAGUCGUGUGAACUGUUUUUAUUUUUUUAUUUUUUUUCGCUUUUGCAAUUGCACAACUGUUUUUUUUUUUUCGUGAGGUUUUUUAUGUUAUAACUGCAAUUGCACAAUGUGCGUGUAAGCAAUAUCACGAUGUGGUGCCUACAAAUUAGGCUAUAAAAUAGGCUAAUAAUCAGCAAAAAUCUUUGACUGGAAUUAAACGUGGGAGUCACCAUAACUACGAGCUGAGAUGUACAUUGACUAAACAGAAUGUAGUCAUGUACAAGAAUCUAUAAUUAAAACAUUACUUUUGUAACACGUUUAAUAUAUCCAAAUAAACAACGUUAUAUACUCUU